AUGAAUGGGAAGGCCAGAAAUGAAGGUUCUGGGAAUGGAAAUGCUGAAUCAAGAUCAUUCCUUGAAAAGAAGCUCGUAUUUUGUUUUCAUUCACACAUUGCAGCACAAAUGCUACUCCCUUUCAGAGAGGAGUACUUGCUUUCUUCUUCAGAGUUAACGCAAGCACAGGAGAUAGCUACACGAAUGGUUAUUCAGGAUGGGUGGGGACCUGAUGAUUGUCUUGCAAUAUAUUAUCACAGCAAUGCGUCUACUACUUUAAGCAUGGGGAAUAACCAUGAGUAUGAUAUGGCAGUUAAAGUUGAAAAGAUCCAUGAUUUAGCAUAUUAUAAAGCUAAAGAAAUGCUCCAUCGAAAUGAGUGGUAGCAGCCAAUACACCCAAGCGGAUACUGAUCAAGUGCGAAAUGAGUGGGGGAAGUUUGUUGUCAACACAUGUGCAUGAGCCAUGAAGUAGCGCACUUGUUGCUAGUCCAUUUUUGUGAAGGAAAGCAUCUUUCUUUGUGCUUGUCUGCUGGUACAUUGUCAUGCACCAUAUGUGGCAUGUUUUGAAACAAUAUAUAUGUGUAUCAGCUUUUUGAUGUCCCAAGUAGAUGGGCAUGCACUAGAAUGCUUUUCUUGUGUAAAAUGUUGGUUUCAAUGAUUGGGAAAUGCAUCCCUUUUGCUUUUGAAGUUUAAAGUAAUGGUUAUAUGAAUCAUUUGAUGGU